UCAUGAGAAAUUUGAGGUGUGAAUGAUCAUUAACACAUCUUUUGUUUCAAAAGACAGUGGGGAGAGGUCUGAGGUGUGAAUUGGUCAUUACAAUGUGUGACAAGCUUGGUAGGAACAUCCUGUGUUCAGUGUUUUGUCCAUCUGAGUACCUUGAAAAUGCGUUGCAUGCAUUUUUUCAUGAUGAAAAAAGGCUCUGGACAGCCGUUUUAUCCGCAUUUACAAGCGUUUUGCGUUUGAAACGCUGAUAAAAUCGACUGCUGAACGCAAGUUUUCUGCGUUCAAAAAAUGACUGUAAACUCAAAUGCCUGUAAACGACGAUGUGUACAU